AAAAAGAAAUGGCCAACCAACAAAGGGUUGGAUUUAGUAAAAGAAGCUUAUUCUUCACAAUGUGGUGAAUAAGAUUUGAAUCCUCAAUUGUCUUGAAUAAAAGAAUACCUGUGAAUAAUUAAAAAAAAAAAAUAGGAGAAGGAUGGGAUAAGGUGGGGGAUUAAAAAGAUUGAGUUAAAAAAGGAGGAUGAGUCACGCACGUUCUAAUUCAUACCGAAUAUUCAACGGUUUUUUGUUAUCUUUCAUCAUCUAUCAUCCAAACAUAAAAUACGUAACUCUGAUAAAAGUCUUGAUCCCUUCACACUUUAUGUUUGCACAUUCCGUCGCUCGGCUCAACUCAUAAUUUUAAGUUAUAAAGAAAGACGACGUAGAGAAAUACGGUUGAAGAAAUCGACAAAACCUUGGAAAAAGCUAAACAUUGGUGUCGUCACCAGACAGAUCCCCUCAACCUCAACCUACUCAAAUGUACGAGUACAAAAAACCACCACAGCAACAGAGAGUGUUCAUGAACAAAGUUCCAGAAAAGAAAACCACAGUGAAAGAGAAUGGACAACGACGAUGACUAGCAGCAACAACAUCCCAUUGAUCGAUCUGCGAGAAUCUGCAGAAAAUCCUAAAGAUCUGAUAAAGAAGAAGCUGAGAGAGGCGUGCGAGGAAUGGGGAUGUUUCAGAGUGAGGAACCAUGGCAUUGAUUCAAGCUUAAUGGAAGAAAUGAAGAAGGUGGUGAGAUGCCUGCUUGAUCUUCCUCUGGAGAUUAAGAUGAGAAACACUGAACAAGUAAUUGCAGGAAGUGGGUAUAUGCCUCCAAGUUCAGUGAAUCCUCUUUACGAAGGGUUUGGACUCUACGACAUGGCUUCUUCUCACGCGGUUCAAUCUUUCUGCUCUCAAUUAGAUUCUUCUCCCCAUCAGACGAAAGUGAUAGAAGCAUAUGGGAAAGCAAUUCAUGAGUUAUUGAUAGAUGUAUCAGUGAAGAUGACAGAAAGUUUAGGUUUGGAAGAAGGAGAUGGAUAUUUCAAGGAAUGGGCGAGUCAAUUCAGGAUUAACAAGUACAGUUUCACACCAGAAACAAUAGGAUCAUCUGGUGUGCGAAUCCACACAGACUCAAGCUUCCUCACCAUUCUUCAAGACGAUGAACAUGUUGGAGGGCUUCAAGUCAUGAACAAUAAAUCUGGUUCCUUUGUUGAUGUCCCUCCUUGCCCAGGAAGCCUCUUUGCCAUUCUUGGUGAUAUAGCUCAUGUAUGGAGCAAUGGGAGGUUUGGGAUGGUGAAGCAUAGAGUAUGGUGCAAGGAAGCAAGUGUGAGAGUUUCAAUAGCUUCAUUCUUGUUGGGACCAAAGGAGGGAGACAUAGAAGCACCUGAGGAGCUUGUGGACUCUGAUCAUCAUCCUCGUCUCUUUCUUCCUUUCUCUUAUGAACAUUACAGGAAGCUUAGGGUAUCCCAAAAAAUGCAUGCCGGAGAAGCCCUCGCCCUAGUACGCGUCAUCUCUACAGCCUCUGAUUAAAUUUAGAGUAUCUAGAUUUAAAUAAAAAAUAAAAUUUAAAUUAUCUAAUUAAGUCUAAUCUUAAAUGCUCUAGAUGUAGUAUUAAAUCACUAAAGACAUCUGAUUUCUAGAGCCCAUCA